AUGAAAACUUUCGUGGUUGCUCUCCUCUUCGCCAUCUUGGCAACUACUUUUGCUGGCUUCCUCGGACAUUACGGAGGAUACGGUGGAUAUGGUGGUGGUUAUGGAGGUUAUGGAGGUUACGGAGGUUACGGAGGUUAUGGCGGAUAUGGAGGAUACGGAUAUGGCCAUCCCGUAGGUCGUGCUGUGGCUUAUAGCACCCACAUCAAGCAUCCUCAUUAUUACGGACACGGAUACGGACUCGGAUACGGACUCGGAGGUUUCGGAUACGGAGGUUACGGAGGAUACGGUGGCUACGGAGGAUACGGUGGUUACGGAGGUUACGGAAAAUUCUGGUAG